AUGUCGUCGUCCAUGAGAGCAGCCCGCUUCUACGGCAAUAGGGACAUCCGCGUCGAGGACGUCCCCGUCCCUGAAGCGGGUCCAGGCGAAUGUCUCGUCGAGGUUGAAUGGUGUGGGAUCUGCGGGAGCGAUCUGCACGAGUAUGCUGCCGGACCCGUCCUGAUGAAAACGGUCGAUCCGGCGACGGGCAAGGCGCGGCCCAUCAUCUUCGGGCACGAGUUCUGCGGCCGGUUGAAGUCCGUGCCGGAGGGCUCCAAGCUGAAGGUCGGACAGGCCGUCAUGGUCGACCCGCACUGCAUCUGCCGGAAAUGCAUCUGCUGCGAGGCCGGCAACGACCACAUCUGCCAGAAACUGGGCUUUUUGGGCGGCAGCAGCGGGAGAGGCGGCGGGUUGUCCGAGUACGCCGCGGUCGAGGAGGUGCACUGUCUCCCGCUGCCGGAAAACGUGAGCCUCGACGACGCCGCAGUCAUCGAGCCCCUGGUCGUCUGCCACCACGCGGCCAAGGCCUCCGGGCUGAACCUGGAAGGGCUGACCGUGCUGAUCCUCGGCGGUGGACCCGUGGGCGCUGCCCUGAUCUCGGUGCUGCGCGCUCACCGCGUCGGCAAAAUCAUCCUGAGCGAGCCCACGGCCAAGAGGAAGGAGCAGGCCAAGGACGUGGUCGACCGCGUCAUUGACCCGCGGACCGAGAAGGUUGGGGAUGUCUGUCGCGAGCUGACGGGCGGCAAAGGUGUGGAUGUCGUCUUUGACUGUGCGGGUGUGCAGCCGGCGUUGGAGAACGGGAUUGACGCCUUGAAGUCGACGGGGACGUUUGUCAAUGUCGCCGUGUGGGAGAAGCCGAUCCAACUCCAAUUCUUGCCCUUCUUCUUCAAGGAGAUCAAGGUCAUGAGCUCGUGCUGCUACAACGAGCAGGAUUUCAAGGAGGUCAUGGAGCUGAUGGCCAAGGGCGCAUUCCCCGGCUACGAGAAAAUGGUCACCAGCCGCAUCUCCCUGGAAGACACGGGCCCCAAGGGCUUCGAGGAGCUGGUCAACCACAAGGACGACCAGAUCAAGAUCCUGAUCUCGCCCAAGAUCAGGUGA